AUGAUCAUCUUGUGGUUAUUAUUGCUAUUUAACAUACCUAUAAAUAUAGUGUUGAGUCAGACAGAACGGGUAAGAUGUGAAUACAUCAGUGAACCUGCCAAUUUCACUGGAAGGAUAGUCGCCAGAGGGACAAGACAGUUUAUAACUACAAAUCAGACUAGAAGUAAGUUAUUUUUAGAAGGUAUAAAGCGGAAGAUGUUUUAUUUUUAACCUUAAAAUUAUAAGCUUAAGAUUACAUUUCUAAGCCUAAAAUCUCCCAUUCAAACCUAAAUUUUAGUAUCACCUCGAGUAAAACGCUGUUUCCCACCAUUCGUCGCUGCACCAGUAGCUCCUGCUGCUGCUUCAUCAUACCCAGCCUAUGCACCAGCAUACGCUUCAUCUUACCUUGCCUACGCGCCAGCCCCAUCUUACCCAGCAUAUUCUCCAUCCUACUCUCCAUCCUAUUCUCAGUCAUACUCUUCUUAUUCACCAUCUUCAUCUGGCAACUCAUUCCCGGCUUCUUCACCAGCUGUGAAUAUACAACCAUCUUUUGCUCAACAACAACAACAGUUCGCACCUCAAGCAGAAUUUGUACCACCACCUCAGGUGCAACAGUUUGUUCCACCACCCCCAGCUCCACAAUUCGUUCCACCACCCCCUCCUCCCCCGCCGCCACCGGCUUUUGCUCCACCACCCCCUCCACCUCCACCGCCUCCUCCACCACCGCCCCCGCCACCACCACCAUCAGCGGCUGCGCCAGCAGCUGCAGCCCCAGAAGCUCCAGCACCAUCAUUCCCCGCUGAAGCCCCAGCAGCCCCAGCCCCGGAAACUCCAGCCCCAGCCGAAUCACCAGCCCAAACCUUCCCACCAGCCGCUCCAGCCCCGUCCGCUCCGCCCCAAUCCUGCGCCGAUGCCAUUUGGAAUCAAGAACUGGAAAAACGGUUUCCCUUGAGCAGUUGCUACGCCAACGAUGAGAUGUUAAUGUGCUGUAACGAUGAGCUGGAGAAAGUCAUGGAUGAUAACUAUAAUCAACUGAAAGAUGAUCUACAAGAAGACUUUAGCACCUGUAAUACAAACAAAAUGGCAAACUACCUAGCGAAUAAGGUGGAAGAACACUUUGGACAUCCGUACGAAGCAAUCGUUGGGAAUGGGGAUUACAUCAGCAAGUCACACUUUCAUGAAGACAAAUAUUGUCGGAUUGAAAGGGAUGGAAAGUAAGUAGUUUACAUUUUUUAGGACAGAAAAAAGAAAAAAAUUUGAUUUUAAGAGGAAGGGGUGAGGGAAAGGUGAGGGGAUUAGAGGUGGAUUUCUCGCGGGAACACGGUGAUGGGUAUGGGAAGGGUUUUUCAAAACACCAGUCGGUUGAGGAGGCAAAAAAUUAAAAAAAGUUGAAUAUAGGUAAGCUAAGUGUGCCAAUUUUCUUCGUCUUCUUCUUUAAAACAAAGCUGGCGAAGGGAGAGUAGUAAACCCGUCUGACCUUGGAUCACAUCUUAUAUUGACAUGAUGUUUCUAUAUAAAAAGUUUGAAUUCAAUCAGAGCGGGGCAGGUCGGGCACUUUACUUGUAAGCCUGAAGCUUAAUUUUUUUAACAUUAAAUUUUAGGCACAUCUAUUACUUGCUAAAUCAAAAUCUUGUAGUGUACUAGCUUAAACAUUACCCGAAAUCCUAAAAUAACAAACUUUUUAGAAUUUUAGUAUAAUAUUGUUUUAGGUUCAUCACCCUCUACGCGACACCUCAUGAAAGCUCGCCGGGCGGAAUUGGAAAGUAUGGUUUUAAUGAAAAUGCUGGGGUCAACAACAAUGACGGAGAUGAAGGUGAUAAUAACAAUGGCAAUAAUGGGGGUGGCUUUGGGAACGGUAAUGGAGGAAACGGCGGAGGUGGUAAUGGCUUUGGUGCUAAUGGUAGAGGUGGUAAUGGUUUUGGUAAUAUUGGUGGUGGUAGUUUUGGUACUAACGGUGCAGGUGGUUUUGGAACUAAUGGUGGUGGUUCUGGAGGAGCUGGAGGGUCUGGAGGAGGCCGAGGUUACGGUAGUUCUGGUGGCCAAGGCGGUGGUAGCUAUGGUAGUCAAGGAGGCUCUUCUGACACUGGUUACGGUGGUUCAGAUGGAGCAGACUACGAUAAUCAAGGGCCUUCAGACGCCGGUUACGGUACACAAACCUCCUCUCCCGGGCGAGACUACGGUAACCAAGGGUCUUCAGAUGCAGGUUACGGUGGACAAAGUUCGUCAGAUUACAAUAGCAAACCAAGCUCGGGAGGCUACGGUGGUGAUGGAUUUAGUGGCGAUGCAAAUGUACCAGAAAGCCAUGAUGUACCAUUCACAUGGGUACCACGAAAAGGUCACAUCCAUCGAAGACGUCGCUUCAGAAUCAGAAGACGUCGAAUCCGAAAUAAACAUUUUAGACACAUUUAA